CGCUUGAUAAAUGAGUAUUGGUGGUUAUUUGACUAACUAUUACACUGGAUGAUUAUACAAUGCAGCUAAAUAAAUACUUAUUAUUAAUCUGGUAAAAUGAAAAAGAAACUAGAAUUAUACUGUCUCCGUACUUCAGUCUGAAUAGCGAGACAAUAAAGUGUUUACGCUUAUAUAAAGAUUUCCAAGAGAACCGGUUAAUCCAUGAUGUUCAAAGUGUUUUGGAUUUGUGUCUUCAUACAGGCCCUGUCUUCGGUUCACUCAUGUUCUAGACGCCGCCGACCAGCGCCUCAGCCGUGUUCCUGGCGGACAUGUUAUCACGACUGGAGAGACGCUUACUCACCGGGCGUUCGUCAAGGGCAAUGUGUUUAUCAAUCACGAUAUUCAACGCAUCUUUACAAAACGAACCAUGGAACAGCACCGUGUCCCGCAUCGACCUCAUGUAACUGGAGAUCUCAGAGUAGAACACGAUGUAAGUCUGACCUUGAGAAUUCAACUAACUUUAUCUACACUGGAUAGCUCUAUUAGUCUAAACUGUUCUCCUUAUUACUUAAACCUGGUUUCCAUAUGGUCGUAAAGCUUGCAAAUUUCGCUGCGAUUUUAGGUGCGAUUUUCUUCUCCUGAUGUAUGUGAACGAGUGGAUGAGUUAUAGGAAUGUUUAGAUGAGGUUGUUGUUGUUACAUACACUCAGGGCAUUCAUAACUUAUGUACUCUUUCCCAUCCAUCAGAAGAAGAAAAUCGAUCUAGAAAUUGCAGCACAAAUUGCAAGUGCAAACGGGCCUUAACAGUCGUAAAGAAAUACAAUUUUAGAACUGAAAAUACGCGGAGUGAUUAUAACUAGAGAAUACUUAUAAUUUAUAUGUGGUUUACAGGUAUAAACUAUAAUAAACUGGCCGUUGAGAAAGAUCGUGACUCUAUUUUUACGACCCAAUAUGGUCGAUCUUUUUUACGACCCAGGCUUUAUAGAGGUCCAGUAAAGGCCAUCGCUUCCAGUUAAUUCCAGUUCCUUCAAUGUUAUUAAGGUCCAUACACACCAGACACGAUUCGCCAACGCGACGCGAUUUUUCGAUUUUCACUGAACAAUAACUUUAAUCCUAGUUUAAAUUUUCCAAAUAUAAUUUAGAAGCGUUAGAACAUUUUGAAUUAUUUGGUCUACAUAUUUUUCAAAAUUUGUUCUCAUUGGCUGUUUUAUUUAACUUUCAAAAACUAAAAAAUCGGGUCGCGUUGUCGAAUCGCGUCCGCUGUGUCUGGACCUUUACAGUGGGACAUUCAGAAUAACUCUCUUAACUUUAUCUAUAGUGAAAAGGCAAAAAAUAUAAAAAAUACAUGUCAGAAAGCUUGGAAAAUCGUUUCACACAACAAAUUGUAAUGUCAAUUUUGUCUAGACUGUUUUUUUCCAUAGAGGUCCAGUAAAGACCAUUGCUUCCUAGUUCAAUGUUAUUACAGUGGGACAUUCAGAAUAACUCUCCUAACUUUAUCUGACUUAUCUAGUAGGCUUGAAACCUCCCUUAAUUUUGUCUAGACUGUUUUUUUUCCAUAGAUUAAAGGCCAUUGCUUCCAAGUUCAGUAUUAUAGGACAUUCAGAAUGAUUUAUUUGAUUCUCUAAUUCUAUAUCAAAUAAAAAUUGCAACAAUACGGCCUUAAUAAUUUUUGGUAAUAAUUAAUUAAUAUAUUGGAUUCAUAACUAUAAUUUGUUACCGAAAUAAUUUAUGGAAUUUAUUAUCCCAGGUUCGUGUCGUGAGGUACAGACAUGCAGCCUGAAGAGCUGGGGUUCAUGGUCAGGUCACGUGCCUACCAAUCAAUGUUCUAGACAGAGCAGAUACAGGGGUUGGAAUGAAUAUAAUGUGAGAUAUCGUGAGCAAGAUAAUAGCUGUAGUGGCAUACGAAGUAGCUGUGGGAAUGGUGAAUAUGACUACAGAACACUUUGUAAGUUCAAUCCUUAUAAUGUGACUAACGUCCAAUCCUAUAUAACCUAAUCUUACCCUAUAACACUGACCCUAAUCCUUGGAUGAAUAAGAAAUGUACUUUUCUAAUAAAAAGUACGCUGGCUUAAGAAAUACUAAGAGAACAAAACAAUAAACACUCCGAAAAUAGUUAACAUUUUAAUCAACGUUUCGACUAGGUUUCAGUCAUCAUCAGGAAUUCUGAUGAUGACUGAUGAUGAAUUCUGAAACCUAGUCGAAACAUUGAUUAAAAUGUUAACUAUUUUCGGAGUGUCUAUUGUUUUCUUUUUAAAAUUACUCAAUGGCAACCGUAAUUUAAGAAAUGCUGCCUCUCCAACAUAAUUUAGAUUCUAAUCCCUAGAUAUUGGCUAAAAAUGAAAGCUUAAGGGCGCUGUAUUAUCACUACCUUUCUAAACUUUAAUCUACUUUUGACGUGAAUAGAAUGCGCACUUAUAUAUUUUAUUAACCCGUUGUGUCCACAUUGCCGCGGUCACAAAGGAAAAGGCACAAGAAACAUGUCAGCCUCGUACCCAGGCUCUUUAGUAAUUCAUAGUGUUCAGAGCUCUGGGCGAGCUUUUAGGCGCGCGGGGCCCAACAAUCCCCGCGCGCCUAGCUCAUCCAGAGCUCUGAACGCUAUUAAGUACUAAAGAGCCUGGGUACGAGGCUGGAAACAAGUAGUGAAAGUGAUCUAUUUUAUUUCGCAGGUAGUUGUCGAUACGCAAAAUGCGAAACUCUGCCAUGGACAUCCUGGUCUGUAGUUCAAACUAGACCUGGACAUUGUAUCACUAUCGCGCGUUAUCAACGACAGAAAAAAACAAUUCAUUACAAAACACAAGUAAACAACUGCAACAAUAUUCAGCCGCAAACAUGUCCCGAUGAUGUGACGCAGGUGCAAGAAAGAGGUAACUAAGUGUGCAGGUUUGAAAUAUUUUUGUGUGAAGUACCGGUCAAACGUGAGAGUUUGAGAUGGUUCAAAUUUUGAUGAAAGUUGGUGAGAAUUUAAGCUACACACACAGUAAUGUCAAAACAACUCUCGUUUUCGUUUGACCGGGGCAUGAGAGUUGAGAAAACUCUCAUGCAUGCCAGAAUUGAGAAAACUCUCAUGCAAACUCUCGCAACUCAAUUUCAUUCCCAACCGUCAUUCACGUUUCACUGUGGCUGUACGCUGCCGAUAAAAGGUGCUCGCUCAGAAUAACGGAGUCCUAAUAUCUUACGAGUAUCAGGAAAGAUUUCCUAUACAUACUAAACGAUUUAUUCAUUCAUGAUAGCCAUGUUUUUUCUUCGCAGUGGUCUACUGUCCCGCACUGUCAAAUCCUGUCGUUGGCCGAUGGGACAGAUCACAAUGUUCUCAAGGACAACAAAGGUGUAAUUCCCACUGUACUCUUGAAUGCACUGGGCUGAGAGGAUAUAAAAGAACUGGAAAUAAUCCAACCACAACGUGUCUAAGUAGCGGAGUGUGGUCUUCCUCAGAUGCUUCCUGUCAAGGUAGGAUGAGGGACUGGGCAUUAUUUAUGGUCGAGGUUGGGGCAAAAGAGAAAAUACUGUGUAGAGCACAGAAAAAUCUUUACUCAAACUUAAGACAAAAUCACAAAAUUAGUAAUAUUCCAAAGUUUCGUUGGGAAAUGUUGUAAAAUGCGGAUAAAAUAGCCUUGCGAAGUUUGCCGUUUUUCAGUCAUUUUGCAUUACAAAUAGAAAUUGAUAAUCAGAUGAUCAAACUGAUUAUCAAUUUCCAUUUGUAAUACAAAAUGAUUGAAAAACGGCAAACUUCGCAAGGUUAUAUUAUCCGCAUUUUACAACAUUUCGCAACGAAACUUCGGAAUAUUACUAAUUUUCUGAUGCUCUUUCAAGCUGUGAUGAAAUUUUUGUCCAGGCUUGUCUAGAUCAAAAUUUCACUCAUCAGGGGAAAGGUCUAUUCCCUAAAACCCGCCUGGAAAUAUUGGAAUGAUUCUGCAGGUUUAUCCUCUUCCUACCUUUACUGUUAACUUUUCUUCUUAGACGAACAACCGCCAGAUAUAACCUGUCCAUCGCCUGCCACAUUUGGCACUGAUGUCGGCAAAAAAUACAAAACGGUCAUUCUUCCAGAACCGCAACGCGCUGAAGACAACAGCGGGAAAGCCCCGACUGUUACGACAAGCGUUGGUAAAGCACAACAUGUGUUUGAUAUUUCGGAGCAUGCGUACGAAGUUGUUUAUACCGCACGAGACGAUGCUGGACUCACCAGAAAAUGUACUUGGUAUGUUACUAUAAAAGGUGAGCUUUACUGACAUCUCUUAAUUUUAUGGAUUUAUACUUACAGCUCGUAAAAUCAGUGUUGACUCUUUUCAAACAUUUUUGACUUAAAUUCCCGCAAUAUAUAACUUUAUUUAUAGCCUACCAAUGAUUUCAUGGUUGAAAAAUUAUUGUUACAGUUUUGUUAAAGAGGGUCCUGAAGGGGGGGUCCCAAUCCCAUUUCCCACCUGAAAUUUUGGCAAAAUCCCAGUCCCAGUUGGAUUUUUAUUAGAAAUCCCAGUCCCAGUUAUUGAAAUCCCAGUCAAUAAAAACCCCUUUAUUUAUCGGUAGAAUAAACAGUUUUAAGACCUUUUAAGCAAGUGGCGGACACUUCAUGAAAUAUUAGAGGGGGGUCUCGUGCCGAAGGCACGAAAAAUUUUUAAAUUUGAAUCCCGGAAAUGGCAUUUGCAGCAUUCUGAGACGCAUAAUCAGAAAACCCAGAAUUCCGGGCGCCAGAGUAUGCCUGUUCGCAGGUAGUGCUGUGAAUAAUAUAGUUAACAACAAAAAUCAUGACCAAAGACACCAAAAACGGAUCAAAAUUGUAUUUUAAAAUACUCAAAACGCAGAAAAAUUGGGAAUCGACUCGCAUUACCUCAAUCCCAUUCCCAUUUUUGAGGACUUCAUUUCCCAUUCCCAGUGGCCAAAUCCCAGUCCCAGCAACCCAAAUCCCAUUUUCCCAGUCUAGAAAUAGAUCAAUCCCAGUUCCCAUUUUACCCCUUCAGGACCCUCGUUAAACGGUUAUUCAGCUAUCAUUUUAAAGCUGUCAGAAAUUAUUAGAGGGGGAGGGAGAGGGGGAAUUGCCCCCUAAUGUCCGCCAAUGUCUGUAGUAUGCAAUUUUCUCAGUGAUGUGAAAAGAGAGCUUGCAGUUUCCUCCUGCAGUAGCACAGGUCAUUUAUGAAGGGACGGUCUUUACAAUAGGGAGAACAACUUGGAAUCGAUAGAGCUAUCCAGUAUAAAUAAAGUUAGCUCAAUUUAGGUAUAGUUUAGUUGCAUUUAUGCAAGUGUCCAGGUUAGGUAAGAUAUUCUUUUACUCAAACACACAGUUAGAAAAGCACUUCAUUUUGUAAAUUGUUUGUUUAGAUAUGGAAAAACCAAAGGUCCUGGAAUGUCCAAAAGAUGUUACGAUCAUCAGCGCGAAGGACAAAGAAAGAGUAAGCUGGGACGAUCCUAAAUUUCAAGAUAAUUACGAUCCCCAACCAAGAAUAGCAUCCAAUCAACACACUGGAACUUUCUUCUAUUAUGGCAAAACGAAAAUUACUUACACAGCCACUGAUAAAUCUGGAAAUGUAGCUACCUGUCAAUUCAAUGUCAUUAUUUCAGGUAUAAUAACACUGAUGACAACAGAAAAGAAAACACAAGGACAUAAACGAAGACACAAGAGAAACAGCAGUUUGGAUCUGACAACCAAAGAUGUCCAUUUAUAGACCCUCGAAAUAAAUGCACACGUAACCAUUUAUAAUUCUUCUUUUUUUAUAGUUCUUCACUGCCCAGUAUUUGACCCGCCAAGGAACGGUGCUCAUACCUGUAAUUUGAAAGUGGACGAGAAAUAUGAACAUCAUUUAUAUUGCACUACACAGUGUCAACAAGGUUAUGCGUAUAUCUCAGAUAAUGUCUACGAAAUUUAUCAGUGUGGCAAUGGAGUAUGGACUGGAUUCAAUAACUUUCCAGCGAAAUAUAAUAGAUUUAGUGAUAAGUCAGUCAGACCCUGGGUUGAUUGCACUGGUAAGGAUAUUUGACAAUAUGUACUGGGUGUCCAAUCUAUGAUUUUUCCUGAAAUGUGUCUUAUAUUUACACCAUGAAAAGUUCUAAAAAGUCUUUAACGUUUAUGUACUGUUGAAAAUGGGGAAACGGAAUGUCAUAUGUACUUUGUCAUUAUUUAUUUAGAGGAAGACAACGCAGCCGGAGUGAAGAAAGUCAUCAAUGCCUAUGUUGGAAAAUGCAAUGAAAACGACCCCAAGAGUCUGGAAGUGAUCAAACAAAACUUCAUUGCAGCUCUGAAUGACUUCAUGAUUGCAAAACUGGUUUACUGUAAUAAGCAUCAGGCUAACUGCGAUGUCUCCAAUGUUAAAGUGUAUUGUGGUAAGAGCAAGAGAAGUGGCGAUGUCUCCAGGCAGGUUGUGUCAGUCGAGAUUGUGAUUCGUGAUAAAACAUCCUGGAAAGAUAAAGCUAAAGCGUUGCAGCAACACGAAAUGAUGAAAAUGGAUCUAGAUGCGACAGAACUUGCAGCUGAUCAAAAGAUUGUUUCCAAAAUGGGCAUCACUGGUAUGCAUUUAGAGGGAUAUCAGUCAAAACUGGCGUGCAAGGCUGGUGAGAUUCUGAAAGUUUACCAAGGAGAUGGUGAUGAGUUAGCCAGAUCUUCCUGUGGUAAGCAAACGUUUUGUAGAAUAAUACCGAGAUCCCCUCGGAUUCAGUAAAGAAUUCGGUAAAAUCUCUAAAUUUUUGUUGAUGUAAUUUGGAGGAAAUAUGGGCGAGUAAGUUUUUGUUUCUCGGCAUGGUGUUUUGAUAUAAUUUCUCGCAAUCAAUGCAGCAGAAUUGAGAAAUUUGUUAUACGAGUAAUACGACCAACAAAACUACGUUAAACAUUUUCAGUUAAAUGUCCAGAAGGCACAUUCUACAAUGAGGAUGAAGAGUGUAUUCCGUGUCCUGAGGGGACAUACCAGGAUGGUGAGGGUGAAUUGUCGUGUACCCACUGUCCAGAGGGGACAUGGACACUUGGUAAUCAAGCAACAAACCAAACUGAGUGUAUAGGUAUGGUUAAUAUUUUUGUGGUAAUUUUUUUGCGAACCUUGAUGAAACCCUAAAGCCUGGCAGACUAUAUCUAUCUUGCCUUUUGGCUGCUUAUGCAAAUCAUUCGUUACUGAUUUUAGAGGUGUAUCAAUGAGCAUGCAUGUAGGUACGGUUAAGCGAGCUUCCCUUUGCAGCUAAGUUAAGCGCAGUCUUGUAGGUCGAUGGUAUGGUAUUGUUAUCUGAUGGGCAACUAACCUGCUCUCACUUGAUCUACUUACAUGUAAAAACUCAUGUAAGUACAUUUGUAAUUAGUUCCCUCUUGUACUUCGAGGGUUUUCUCUGAGUUUUCUUUCCUGGGCAAAAUCUAACCCUUCUUUGUUGUGUAUUCCGUGAUCAGACAUGGGUGACUGAGUCAAUGGUAACGUUUGAGCUGCGUCCUUCGCAAUCCAAUACUCGCCAGCAAGUAAAGAUGAUUAGCACCGUCCUGCUACAUUUACAUGGUCGCGACUUGACAUUCCAUAUCUUUACUUUCGGUAGGUGUUUGUGGUCCAGGUGAAUACUCGCAGCUUGGCAAUGGUCUAGCUAACUGCAUCGCCUGUCCAGUUGGAACGUAUCAACCUAAUUUCAGGCAAUCAAGUUGUUUGAAAUGUUCUUCAGGAAAAACUAUAACACUACGUGGAGCUGCAUCUAAGGACGAUUGUCAGUGAUUUGGUAAGGCGCUGGAAAUGUUUUUUUUUUUUUUUUUUGUGUGAAGGCAAGGUCAAUUUAUAGAGAUUCAGUCAAACCUUUUUACAUUUGAAUAAAUCAUUUCCUUUAUUUUUUUCUAGGCCAGCGAAGCACGUUGAAGUAAAGGUGCGAGUUAGAACAUAAAAUGUAACUGUAGAAGGAUAAAUAAAGUUAAAAAAUCUUCCAGUUUGCAUGUCUGUUUUUUCUUAAUCUUUCUGGUAGCCUACGUAGCACACGUUUAUAGCUGCUAUUUCUCGUCUGUUUCUCUGCCCAAUUGCUG